AAGGCACACUUUCAUCGAUCGAGGAUCUACGACUUGGCCAACAAUGACUUUGAGGUCAUGUGCCGCCGUAGGUAUGCUUCAGGGUAUAGCGCCGGGGACACCGUGCAGCAAUGUCAACUUGGACCUAACGAGGUGAAGUGCACAUGCAAUAAGCCAAAACUGCACCAUAUCCCGUGCUCGCAUGUCUUAGCCGCUUGCAGGGACAUAGGUGGCAAUGACGGAUCACAGUACGUAUCACCGUACUUCACGAUCGAUGCAUUGAGGAGCACAUGGCUUCCAAAGAUGCGGUCCUUUAACAUCGGAACCAACUACAAAUCGAUCGAGGGCCCUAAGUGGGUACCUUAUCCACGAGCACGACGCACAGAUCCUGGAAGGCCUAGAUCUACGAGGCUGCAAGGUGACAUGGAUGAAGCAGAUGCUGUUGAUGGCCUUCGCAGGUGCAAACUUUGCAAACAACCUGGACAUGACAGGAGGACUUGCCCGACCCGUCAGUAAACUAUCAGCCCACUGUCAAACUGAACUGUCUUAGAGACUUUGUAUUGUAAAAUGUUAUUCACCUGUUAGUUGUACUACUUAUUGUGCAUUAUGUGGUUUGCACUGUACCCCUUUAGACAAGAAGUGACCAUUGUAUUGUAAAUGUAAUUUUAUUUAUUUAUUUCGUGUUUCUUAAAUAUUCAUGGAUCCGUGUUUUGAUGCAGAGACAGAGCGUAGGUAGUCAGUGAGCAAGAAAUCUAUGGCGGGAUCCUCUAGUACAGGCUUUCCAUGGACACCUGCAACGAUCACUAUAGCACUUAAUGCCUCCUUACAGGUUGUGCGCGAAGGAAACGAUGAUCCGUUAAAGGAGAACAACAUAAUCCAAGCCGUGGCGAAAUUGCAUGCAAGACCCAUAUGUUCUAGGUUAACCGCGCCACUCCAAUGUGUAACCACCGAGGACCUUAGGGCCCUCUUGUAUCACCGGCGUCAAAUGUAUCUGAGGGUCCGCGAACUGGCCGACCAUCCUUCUGUGAUAGGUUUCUCUAGGAGGCAAAGAACGAUAGUAAUGUCGCCAGACCAGUAUGCAUCCCAUAUUCAGGCUUUCCCGGAAGACGAACAGUUGAUCAACAAAGAAAUCUCACACUUCUUGACGAUGUGUAUGCUCUUCGGCGGGGGUGUGAUGCCUGGUUCGCGUAGAAGACGACGACAGUCAGCGAAUCAAAGGGGUACAGAGGCGACCUCUACGAAUCAUCCAGAUAAUGACGAGGAUGAAGACGAUGACGAUUUCAUGCCCCCCAUGCCUAGACGUUCGAACAGAAAUACAGGAGAAAGUUCUACGAACACUGCAAGAGGACGUUCACGCACAACAUCGAGAUGCCAUACAACUGAUAGGGAAAUAGGACGUGGUACCACCUCGGAUAAACCUCAAGAUGAUGACGACGACGACGAUUUCAUGCCACAACGACCCCGCCCUCCGAGGCUUCCAUCUCCGGAGGACACCGAUGACCCUGAAAAUGAUGAUGGAUUUGCUCGUACUCAUUUUUACAACUUCCCAGAACCACCUCGGAGACGACAACCAUCUUACCCGGAUAGCUUUGACCAUCGCACCUGGAAUUCUUACGCUAAUUUGCGUCGCCACUUUCCUUCGCCCUAAGCAUCUAUUGUAACCCUAUAUAUUUUAUUCCCUUAAGGCAUGAUAUUAUGUUCUUUAG